UAUCGCGUUUGUGCCGAGGUCCAUUGCCCAUUCCCCGACGGACGAACCACUCGCCGAGCCACACAGUCCCGCGGCUCCCGCCCUGGCCUUCGCGGUCGUACAAUUGGCGAUCGUCUUCGUUUCCAGGAGCCUGGCGAAGCUUUAGCCCCCGCAUAAUUGCGGAACUAAGUGAAGUACCCUGAACUCUGGGGUCUCGUACAAAGCUCCGCCCGUGGUCCCCGCCAUAAGCUUGCUAGCUCUCGCCCUCCGUUUUCCAUUCUUCCUCUUUUACACUUCUGUACAUCCUGGUAUUUCCUCUCGAAAGCUUCACGAUGAUCGGGGAAACGAUUCGACGCGUCAACGGAUACGACCACGAUGCAUAUACCUACUAUCCGGUCCUCAUCGUCGGCGCGGGAGCUUCGGGUAUUGCAAUGGCAUGUAGGUUGAAGGAUGAGCUUGGUUUCGACCAGUUCCGUAUCUUCGAGCGCCAGGCGGGCAUUGGGGGAACUUGGUGGAUCAAUCGGUAUCCCGGAGUCGCGUGUGACGUUCCCGCUGUCUUUUAUUCCUUUUCAUUUGCGCAGAACCCAGACUGGACGUCCUUCUACCCACCCGGUCGCGAAAUCGUACAAUACUACCACGACGUCUGCCAAAAGUACAACAUCACGGACAAGUUCGAGCUUAAUACCGAUGUCGAACAAUGCAGAUGGUUGGAGGAUGAGCAGAUAUGGGAGGUCACACUCAGGCGAAUGAUAGCGGGCAUGGGCGACAUCUCCGCCAAGGAUCGCAUGAAGAUUGUCAAAGAGAAGGGAGAGUCAGCUGUGUACUCGGAGACAGAGGUCGUACGCGCCAAAGUCGUGAUCAGCUGCGUUGGUGGCCUGGUUGAGCCCAAAGGAUGGCCGGACGAGAUCCCGGGGAUCGAAAGCUUCAAAGGACCAGUGUUCCAUUCGGCGCGAUGGGACGAGAGCGUCGACUUUACGGACAAGAACGUGGUCGUCGUUGGCACCGGAUGCAGCUCAGCGCAGCUUGUCCCCCGAUUGCCUCACGCCCCAUAUAACGCAAAGUCCGUUCUCCAGCUGAUGCGAUCACCGCCGUGGGUCGUUCCGAGUUUCAUUCCGCCCGGCGGUGAUGAGUGGUGGGAGAAGAACAGCGCCAAGUUGCUGAAGACCGUACCUGGUCUUCUCCAGACUCUCCGCUUUACCAUUUUCGCUGGCGCCGAAAUAGUUUUCAAGAAGCUGUUUCCCAAUACGCCGCAAGCAGAGAAGAACAGGCAGGAGGCCGAGGAGAAGCUGAUGGCGCGAAUGAAGAAGAUCGUGCCGGAAAAGUAUCAUGAGAUGCUAACUCCAAACUACGGUAUCGGCUGCAAGAGGAGGAUCUUUGACAAGCGGUGGUAUCAGAGCCUCAACGAGCCAAAUAUCGAACUGACGACGCAACCUCUGACGCGUGUUAACGAACACAGCGUAAUCAUCGGCCCUGGUGCAAUGUACCCUCCGGCCGCCAAGGGCGGUUUUCCCGAGCGAGAGGUACCCGCGGACGUCAUUGUUCUCGCAAACGGUUUCGACACUACUAAGUGGCUUCACCCGUUGAAGGUCGCGGGCAAAGGAGGGAAAGACCUGGUCGACACGAUGGAGGAAAGAGGCGGCGCUCAGGCUUAUCAGGGUACGGCGAUGGACGGCUUCCCCAACUUUUUUAUAAUUUUCGGACCCAAUACAGCGACCGGACAUAGCUCCGUAGUCCUGGCUACCGAGAAUAUGGUGAACUAUAGCUUGAAGUUUAUCAAGCUGCUCCUGAAUGGAGAGGCAUCGACCGUGGACGUCAAGCACGAUGCAGAGGUCGCCUACACCAAUGAGAUUCAGAGGAGUCUCAAGGAUACAGUGUUCAUGAGUGGUGGCUGCACGAGCUGGUACUUCACUAGCGACGGAUGGAACUCCACUGUGUAUCCGUAUUCGCAAGUCGACUUCUGGCGGCGCUGCACCUUCGCUAAAUGGGGGGAUUGGAACAUCUCGUAUACGAAGAAGGGUAUUUCCCACAUUCGCAGGAUCCGUGUCGUACGCUUCCUCGCUGUCACUCUCGCCAUCAUUGGGGCGUACCGUAUGCGUCAGAAGGGUCUGGGCAUCAAGGAUGCAAAGGUGAUGCUUCAACAGGUGCUCCAGCGAAGCCUCACUAGCACGACUGGCCUCUUGAUAUCGUUGAGGCAGCAGGCAGCUUCUAGAUUGAGCAUGUAGACGCCAUGGUAGAAGAGGGCAAAAGAUUUGUAGAUAGCUAGAUUGUAAUCCGUUAAUGUUGGUACUGUACACACAUUGCGGGUCUCAUUCCCAUCUUCAUCUGGCGGAUGCAUUCAUGAG